CUAAAACCCAUAUAAAGGCAAGAAUUAGGGUUUCCGUCAGUCGUCUUCGUCUUCAGCUCAAAUCGAUCGAGACCUCCCGGCGAAAAUGGUGAAAGGAAGACAGGGAGAGAGAGUGAGAUUGUACGUUCGUGGAACAAUCCUCGGCUACAAAAGGUCGAAGUCGAAUCAGUACCCAAACACUUCGCUGAUACAGAUCGAGGGAGUGAACACGCAGGAGGAAGUAGCGUGGUACCGCGGGAAGAAGAUGGCGUAUAUUUACAAGGCCAAGGUGAAGAAGAACGGCUCACAUUAUCGAUGCAUUUGGGGGAAGGUCACGCGCCCCCAUGGCAACAGCGGCGUCGUUCGCGCCAAGUUCAAGUCGAACCUUCCCCCUAAAUCCAUGGGAGCUAGGGUAAGGGUGAUGAUGUACCCGAGCAACAUUUGAGUGGUUCGCGACUUGUAGAUCACUUUUUGGAGCAUUGGUGACUACAGUCCAGCACUACUCAUAAGAAUUUUAUUUAUAGUUUUUUUUAUCUAGGCUUAUAUUCCGCCUCGUCCUAUUUUCUGUUUAUUGCACUCUGAAUUCAAGAAUCGAUCCUAUUGAGUUGCAGACAUUUGUGUCUACAUUCACAUUUACCAUUUUCUGAUUUCUUCUUAAUGAUACCUCUUGAAUUUUUGUUUCUUCAA